GUGAUGUUAUAAGUGUACAUUAAAUUUAAUAUUGCAUCACAUUGCUUUGAUACUUUUUUUAAAUACUAAUAAAUAGACGCACGUACAAUGUUGUUACAGUUAACUCAUGAAUAACUUUUUUUGUGACACAGGUUUCACUCUCUCAACAACGCGUUUGUGCUGCUAUAGAGUAUGAAUACAGCUAUUAAUAAUUCAUACGAAAAUGGUUUUUGUGUUAUUCAGAUAAGGACGAAAGUAGCAAGAACGAUUUUGACAUUUGACAGUCUCGGACUACGUGCGCAAUGGUACCGUCGUUUGGGUAGCAGGAAUGCCCCCCUCUGUUGAUUAAAAUUUGAAACAUUAUUAUAUGCUUCUAUCUAAACAAGGUCAACAGUUUUCAUCAACUCUACAACGAAAAUAAUUAAGAAUCAGUGUAUAUUAUGCCUUUAUCUUUGAAGAAAGUGCUUUUUGUCCGUCAUUAUCUAAGAUACAUGCGCAAGUGUCCGCGAAAAUGAUCUGUACUUUGUUUUUCGCAAUCACAUCGUUACAUGAACAUGGAUGACCUAAAAUGCGAAUACGUGAAGAAGAAAAGAUGCUUUGGACUGUCACAAGUAACGUUAUCAACGGCAAUUAUAAUGACCUGUGUAUCGACUAUCAUCAAUCGAAAACAUAUCUUCGCAUAACGAUCGUUGAAUUUUCGAUGUACAAAAGUGAAAAUGUGAUGUGUCAAACUGAUUGUUUACGUCGCGGCGCACAGGUGAGCGUGAGCGGUUUGUAGUAGUGGCACGCAGGGCGGCGAGGCUGCCGCGGCCAGGGGCCAGGUGCGCGGACAUGGCGGGUCGGGAGAGCCCCGCCAACGGCGGGUACGAGGCGGCGGAGCCCGCGCUCCGCGUACGCAAGGACCUGUUCCCGGAAGUGCGCCUGCCCAAGCCGGGCGACGUCGCCGCCGACGUGGACGCUGACGCGGACGACUCGCAGCAGGACCUGCUCGAGGAGACUAUCUCGUGCGUCAACCUCGAGACAGACUUCGAGAAAAGCAUCGAUGACAUCGCCAAUCAAAAGCUGCAGGGCAAUGGCGCCCUGUCGCCGCCGGAGCGACGGCACCCGCGCCCGCGGCACCGCAAACACAAACAGCACUCCAGGCACAACUCCUCCCAUGGGGAGCAGUCACCUCCUAAUGGCUGCCUCCCGCAAAAGAAGAAAAAGAAGAAGUCUCGCCACAACCACUCACCCACCAAUGCGGUGACAUUACAUGUGAAAGGUGGAAAGAACUUGAACUUAGUGAGUAGUAGCGAGUGUCAGGUAGAGCAGGAUGCUGAGGAGGACAGUUCGGAGGAUGAAGUGCUCAAAUUUAGUGUGAAGUUACCUUUAAUUAAUGUAGUGCGGCAGAGUGGCAAGCCAUAUAGUCACGAACUUAGUCAAUUAUCAACUAAAAAGAGCAAAUCCAAGGACUCUGUGAAAGAAAGAAGGACUCAUGCUGUGACACCAUGCAGUGGGAAGCCCAGAUCUAUGUUAGAUAUUUGUAGUUCCAAAAGCAAGAAAAAAUCUAAGAAAUCAGAUAGUGGCCCCACAUAUCACAGUCAGAUUGUGGACACAAAUACUAUUAAAAUCAAAAUUAGAAGAACAAGUGUUCAUGAAACGGUGCCGCCGACCCCGACGUCGAUAGCCGACAUCGGCCAGAGGAAGUCGAAGAAGAAGCGUGCGGCGUCGCCGGUGGGCAGCGUGAGCUCGGGCGAGGAGUACGACCCGGCGCGCCCCGACACCGCCGCCGCCAUCAGCGUCGCCGCGCCCAAGCCGCGACACCCUCCAACCAAGACGAAAAAAUCUAACUCUAAAAGUAAAACGGAAAAGACUGACAAAAGUAGGGUUAGCGGUUCGAGCAGUAAAGAGAGCGGACCCCAGAGCGGGUGGGCGAGCUCCAUGCCGGAAGAGAUUCUCGUAAAGAUCUUCGAAUAUGUAGUGGCUUCACAGGGGACUCUGCCCUCCGUUAUCAAGCUGGGUAAAGUGUGCAAGCUGUGGCACGCCGUCAGCCUCCGGGCGGAGCUCUGGAGGCAGGUGGACCUGGCGCAGUACACCAGCGAGAAACACAAAACCGAUUACAGACUGGUUUCCCUCCUCGAAAAUCGGUUAUCCCACUGCCAGAGUCUCAAUAUCGCCCAGUGGAAGGUGUGCAACGUGUCUUGGGUGCUGGCGUGCCUGAUAGAGUACUGCCCGAACCUGGCCGAGCUGAGCGUGGCGGGCUGGAGCCGCCUCACGCCCGAGCAGUUGUACGACAUAGCGCAAGGGCUGCCCAAGCUUCAGCGGUUGGAUCUCUCACUCACGUCGGAGACGGGCGGUUCGAGCACAUGUCUGUCGGCGGGGUCGAUGGCGCGCCUGGCCGCCAACUUCGGCGAGCGCUUCACACACCUCACGCUCGCCAACAACAAGUUCACGGCGCUGCCUCAGAUACUCUCCUCUAUCGCGGCGCACUGUCCGAAUCUAGAGGUGUUGGAUAUCUCGGGCGCGCGAGCUACGUCGCACCCGGCGGCGGUGCCUCUGGAGGCGUUGCAGAAGGGCUGCCCCAAGAUGAGGGUGUUCAGGGCCGCCAACUCGCAGCUAGUACUGGCGUCUGCUACUACGUCGCAACAGAUGGAGUGUGUCGGGUGGACGUUGCUGGAGGAGCUGUCGAUCGCGGCGGAGGCGGCGACGGAGCGCGUGGGCGUGGGCGAGUACCGGCUCGGGGACGAGGCGCUGGCGCGGCUCGUGCGCGCCGCCACGCGCCUGCGGCUGCUCGACCUGCGCGGCCUGCACCGCCUCUCCGACUCGGGGCUGGUGCGAGUGCCCGCCUGGGACCUGCAGCACCUGUUCCUGGGAGGUUGCAACGUAACCCGCAAGAGCAACUCGUGCCUGGAGCUGAUCUGCGAGAAGUGGUCGCACAGCCUGCUAGAGCUCGACCUGUCGUGGGCGUCCGCCGAGCGCGUGCUCGACACGGCCGUCUGCGCGCUGGCCGACGCGCCGCGCAGCAAGCUCAGAAUUUUAAACUUGUGCGGGUCAUCUGUGUCGUUAGAACCUGUGAAAAAGAUUCUAAUGCGGUGUCCAGAGCUGGAGUCGCUGAACCUGGCGGCGUGCCGUGCCCUCCCUCGCGGCAUGAAGCGCCUCUACACGGGCAAGGAGCUGCAGGGCCUCAAGGACAGCUUCGACCCCGCCAAGGCCAAAACCAAACAAGACUCCGACAAAGAGGAAGACGACACCCCGACCAAAAAAGACAAAAAGUGUCAAGACGACUCUAAAUCGGAGUCCGCCAAGACGCCCAAUCGUGACGAUGACGAAAAGUCCGCUGCCAAAGCAGAAGCCAAGUCACCUGAUAAGUCUUCCCCGAGCGUUUUCCAGGAACCUAAAAGCGUAUCCGAUACCACCGUCAUACCUGAUAAAAAACUUUCCGAAGUAUCCACGAAAUGUUCCCCAGAUUCUAAGGCGGAGUCUUCCACUAGCAAAGAUGCCGUGGACACUCCUGUCCACACUCCAGAGGGCAAACAUUCUACGAGAGAGCCGACUCCGAAACUUCUCAGUCCCAUCGUACAGUCCAAACCCGAUUCCUCUUCCACUCCGAGAUCUGAUUCGGCCAAAACUGAUCUCGGCAGCCCCCACUUCAGUCCCGUGCCAAAACCCGAUAGUCAAGUGCAAAAUAGUCCCGAAGUAUUAUCAGAAUCCUUCAAAAGCAACUCCUGGAACCUGGGACAGUUUAAAACGACCCCGACACACAGAUCUGAAGCAAGUCCUCUCAAUCGCUUAGACAGCCACAGCAGAGUGAAAGCUAGUAAAGUUAUAGAACAAUGUAGCCCAACGACGUCACUAGAAAAUAAACUUAGUCCGGAAGUCGUGGGAGCAAAGCAGGACAUAAAGAAUCCUAAUAGUUGGAAUUAUGGCAAUUAUAGUCCAAUGACUAGGCAGGAUAGUCAAUUCCCUUCUCAGAAAAGUCCAUAUUCCGCGCAACCAAGUCCGGCGCAACCCAGCCCGUACUCUGCUCAGCCUAGCCCGUACUCCACUCAACAAAGUCCAUACUCCUCCCAACCUAGUCCUUAUUCCGCCCAGCCUAGUCCUGACACCAGCCAAAUGGUGAAAUCGGAUAUCCCCAAAUCUGGAGCUUGGAACGCUGGCAAUUACAGUCCGAUGCCGAAGCACCACGCCCCGUUUUCGCCUCACCCGUCGACCCACACGAGCCCGGAUCCCGGCUUAGGAGUUAAAACUGAUUCCAUAAGGAGUAAUCCCAAUAAAACUCCCGGUCAAUAUAGUCCUAUGUCGCGGCAAGAUCGAUUGCACCAGAGUCCGUACUCCCCGCGACCCAGCGCAGAAAAUGUAGCUUACAAUAACAAAAAAAGCCCUGGCGUUGGCGGCUACAGUCCCAUGAUGCGGCCAGACUGCCACCUACCGAGCCCGGACGGCGGGCAAAGCUCGCGGCCGACAAUCGGCCGGACGCAGGACAUGUAUGGACGGCAAGCGGCGAAGCUGCCCGACAUGAUGGCUGGCGGCGGCACGGAGCUACCCGGCGCCUGGGGCUUGGACAGGUUCAGCCAGCUGGGCAACCCGAGCAUGGAGUCGCUGGUGUGGGGCGCCGGCGGCUCGUACUCCGCGGAGUCGACGCACACCGCGCCGCGCCUCGACAACAUUCCCCCCAUGCUGAACACGCCGCCCCCGCAGGCGUGGCCCGGCCUGCCCUCGUUCACCUCUAGUACGCGGAGACCCAAUAACGAUAUGAGUGACCCGUGGACAUUAGGUCAGUUUCGUGUGGAGCCUCCUCACCAAGUGCACAAUACGUUUGUGGAACAAAAUGUGUCGUUCGACUCACUGAGUGCGCCGCACGCGCUGCCGCACUUGCCGCAGAGCUACCUGGGCGACGGCUUCUCAGGCUCGCGUCUCGAAUGACGCCCGGCCGCGCACCUCGACGCGUUCACUGCGUAUGUAUACACCUUGAACAAUUAUCUUGUAGUGAUUGUAUAUAAGAUUAUCUUUUUUAGAUGUAGCAUUAACAAGCGUAGGUUUGCAUUAAAAUUAUUUUGCAGCCUAUGAUAGGAAGAUGAGAGCUGAAUAUUAUAUAGUUAAUUCAUCCAUCUUAGAAGUUGGAUUAUACACUGAGCUAGAUUUUAGAGUGAUUCUUUCUUACGAUACCAAACCGUUUUCAUACCAUUUAAGAGACCAAGAUGAUAUUCUGCUUUCCCGAUGCAACAUCAUGUUUUCGUGGAGGCGAUAAGUUUUUACAAUCUGCAGGUACAGAUAUUUUGCCUUUGAUUAAUUACACCGGAUAGUACACCGUACAGGAGUUCUUAUAUAUGUAUAUACAUAAAUGUUAUAUUGACACAUAUUGUCAAGGCCUUGUUAUUCGAGGAGCCACAUGUUUUACAAAUAUACCUCAGUAGAUUAUGAAAUGGUGCCUCAGAAUCUCGAUAGUGAGUAUAAUACAAACGAUUAUUAGAAGCAAACUACGACUGGCUGCAAGAGGGGGUUGUACUGAACCGUUAAUAGUUAACCUUAUACUAUCAAGGCUCAGUUCCCUAAACCUAAACAUUUUUUUGAGUUGUGUUGAACGUUAGCAGAUUCGUUAAGUGUGGUUAAGACAACCCAUCCUCUCUGAAGGCCUGUCUGUGUGUCGAAACAGUGAGCCUUGAAUAUACAGAAGCAUGCCUCUCGUUCCGCUCCUAAUAUUGCAGCGUCUGAGUACUUAUUUCGCCUCGAAAAGCUUCCAUUUGUCCCGUGAAUCUGAACAUUAUACAUAGUUUACGUGUUGUUUCUCUCCUAUUUUCACGAUAAUACAUUAUUGUUAAUCAAAACUGUAUGGUACUUACCGGCCCAAUUUACGCACAAGCGUAUGGAUGUAGAAAUCUUAAAAUGUUCAUGGUACAAAUGGCUGCUGCUCAUUAUAACCCACUUGAGGCUUCCUAUUUUCAUCAACUUGGUCUUACAAUUUUAUAUAUUUUUUAAUCUGUAAUAGUAUGUACCUAUACUCGAUAACAUGCAAUAAUGUUGAACAUUCCUUUGGUAUAAAAUAUUAAACAGUUGUUUUCAGAUUGCAAAAUAUUAUCUGUAUGCAAAUAUUUGUAUUAUUAUUAUGCUUUAGAUAAUUGUUUAAGUUGUUUUUUGUUACUUCUUCAAAACACCAUAUCAGAUAUUUUCUAUUUUAUAAAUAUAUCAUACAUAUUUAUGGUAGAACAUCACUCUGAUUAUAAGUAAUAGUACAAUAUCACAAAGCUCACAUUUUUAAUGAAGCUAUAUUGUUUGUCGAACAGAACAGAAGAACAGUCUGGAAAAUGAGAAACUGCAACUUUUUUAUUCGACAUACUGAAUAGCCAGAAAAAAUAGGUCAAAUUGUCAGGCAGCGUUCUAAAACUGUCUAUAAGCUGACUUUAUCCCCUUAUCGAACUCACAAUUUAAUUGACAAAGUAGGUAACUGUGUAAGUUUGGUUUUUGAAAUGGUUUCUUAAAAUGACAUAAUAUCUCAUUUGUUACAACGCUUUAGUGUAGCAUUCACGGCGUCGAUAGAGCAGCUAUUAAUUAUCUUAAAGGUGUUUGUCACGGAUUUAUGAGAGGAAUGCUAGGACAUAUCUGCAGUGAAUAAGGUUGUAAAGUGGGAUCGGGUGAGUGAUGGCUUGUGACAAAGAACUGUCAAUCGUUCGAUACCUUUAUCGCAUCCAUAGGCUUAGCACGAAGGAGCUGCCGCUGCGAUAGUAUCUCGCGCGUGAGAUUAAUACUUUCAGUAGCUAUAAUAUAUUUGAUGCCAACUGUACCCAUCAAACUUUUAUAAAUAUUGGAGACAAUUGUUACAGUGCUAUUUAUAUUUGAUUUAUUUAAAAUUGUAAUGCCAUGCGCAAGUGAAUUAUGUAAGUAAUAAAUUAAUAAUUGUCAAUGUGUUCUCCGAGGUAUUCUCCUUGACACAUGCCAUCGCUCGCCUAAUGGUGCAGCCAGACACGCAGAGAUUUGGCGAAUAUUCGUGAUGGCGUCUCUUUCAUUUUUCUUGGGUAGCGAGAGACGCCAUCAUCGGCGAAUCCCGAUAUGUGUGGCCGCACCCUAAGGCAUAGCGCAGGCGGCCGAUUUCAAAUUGGUCACUAAUACGCCAUCAUUUUUUACUCACGAAUUGAAUUUCUAAACAAACCACUUUCACCACAACAAUCGUAUUGGGAACAUACGUGUCAGUGCUGCACAAGCUAACAGUGGCUGAGCGUCACACAAACUCAUUGGCAAGUCUGAGCUAAUUUGGUUUACGCUAUUAUGAGACCUCACGCCAUAAUAUAAAGUUUCAGUUUCAUAAUACAAACUACAUAAAGUAGCAUUUGCACUGACUCUUUGAAUAUCAAAUUCAACUUAAAUACAGAUUUUUGAUUAUAACGUUAUUUUUAUUGCGGAGAUUAAACUUGCCCAACUGUCAGUAGGUAAGUAGGCUUGCUAUUCCAAAUGGAGUUCUUCAGACGCUCUGCCACAGCAAACUCAUAUGCUUCCACCGUUUGUUUACGGUUGUACGUUCACUGAAAAUGUAAAGCACGGAAGGUGAUCUAACCUGAUUAUUGUUAUGCAUUUCGAGUGAUGAAAUAUCUGUGUUCCGACUAUGGUCGAGUCUGCGUUACGCCUAAUUGCCUGGCCACCCACAUGGAAGACAGUUAUCGCAUAAGCCUUAAUAUUAAGGCUUGAUUUGUUAACAGUUGCUGUAUUUGUUGUGUAUAUCCUUAAUGACCGCACGUGGAAGUUAGGUUAAUACGUAAUAUGGUAAAAAUUGUUACUUAGAUACGCAAGCCUCUUGCCGCCCAAUGUACAUAACGAUGUACAUUAUCUUUAUGUUUUCUCAUAAAAAAAUCGAACAAAUGAAAUUCAGCCCAUUUAAAAACAACUAGAUUCAAACUUCUCUAGCAAACAUUUUGUAUGGUGGGCGGUAUGAGGCUAGGGCUCGUCCCUUAGGCUAAAGCAAAUUUCACAAAGUAACUGCCAUUCACCCUUUUGUCGGCAUACAAAUAUUAAAGCAAUAAAAUUUUGUUCAUUCAGAUUGCUAACCAAGUAUCGUUGCGCAAGAGACUUGUUUGGCCCACGCCUUAUAUACGCGCGGCGAUAUAGAAGCAUAGAUCUUAUUUACAUUUCUUCGCGUUACAACAUAUAGAUGUAAUUAAUUCUAAGUACUACCAUUACACCAAGUAAUGUAGAAUUUUAUUUUCUGCCGAACAAUAAAGGUUGCCUUAUCUAUUUAGCAAUACCGUUGAAGGACGCCGAAAAUGUUUUCUUUCAACAUGCAAUUUUGUAAUAUACUUUCGGCCAGUGCACAAAUACCUAAGUACAUAUAAGUAUUUUCUGCACUUUGAUUAUAUUGCCAGUUGCCACUGCAAUGCAAUACCAUCUGAACAAUCACCGCUCCGCCGUUUUUGGGCGCUGUGAUCAAAACUGUAAUCAUGCGAAUCUAAAUUUAGAAAUGUAUUUUGAUUAACAUUUUACUCAUUUAUGCACAUACAAUCAAUUUAUUAAUGAAAUUGUAAUACUUAAUAUUAUUUAUUUUACUUUCUUAAUAUCUUUUAGUUAUCAAUUGACUUGUAAAAUAUCAUAUAUCGAUUAAUAUUAUUUUUACCGGAAUAAAAGAAGCAUGAGAAUUAAUGUCGUAUUACUCAAUACGAGAUAAAUUAUACUGAAAACCAAUGAACUUGUUUUAUAGGAAGACAGCCAGCGUGGUAUUUCCACACGCUGCAAGUCCAUAUACAGCGGGGCACUUAUAUUUCUUACUGCUUCUUUUACAUUUCUCUUUGUCAGGCUUCUAUGCUAAAUACUAAAUACCUAUCGAGCGAUUUCAUACAGCUUGUUAAAAUGACACGAAUAUACCAGUUUAUUGAGAAUGUAACGAUUUAUUUUACCAACUGGUCUAAGAUAAUCUACUGAAUAAUAGAUUCAUAGAGGAAAGCAGUGAAUUAGUGAAUCUUAACGUUGUAGCAAUAAGAAACCACGUAUUUUUGUACCGCGGUCUCGUUCGUUAGAUAAAAACGACCUAGUAAAAUUAGUUUACCUAGACUUAGGAUCUCGGCAUAGUGAAGCGGGCAUUCUGCUUCUACGUCAUUUAAUUUCACAUUAUCUGCCGUUACGCUUGAGGUGUGUCAUAAUAUAAAAACCAACAAAAUAAUAAUAUACUUUACAUACAUAUUCAUUGUUUCCGUGAUAAUCGUUUUCACAAAGCUUUUACGGGCGUAUUUGUGGUGGAUCAAACUAGGUAUCAUGACAUUCAUGACGCCAUUUUAUUUUCUCGGCCUUUUUUUUAUUCCACCAACUUGUUCCAGAACAUAAACGAUAUAAUAUUAUAAAAUACAAGCUGGAAAUAAUUAAUCACAUCAAUUAAUAAUCAGUCGAAGUCGAGAAUGUAAACUACUGAAAACCCCGUUCAAAUAUUAAGGGCCAGUUGCACCAACCACAAACAGACUGAUCAACGUCACGCAGCAGAGAUCUAUAAAACUUCCGAAUGCAAUAAAAUUUAGCGAACGCUUUAAUGGUGACAGACGGUUUGGUGCAACCGACCCUGGGCUCAUUUAGACGAUGCGAGAACUCGCAUGCUAGUUUCAUUAGAUUGCUGUUUUUAAUCGGUCGGUUGAAUUGGACGUAACCAACAGACCGCAAUGUAACUAAAAUCGCAUGCGACUUCGCGCGCCGUCUAAAUCAGCCCUAAGAAAGGCUGCAUUUACAAACGGAUGCUCGCUGCGCGCCAGGAUCUUGGUUGCGUAUGUUUUGUACCUAUUUUUAUAUUUAUUUUUAUUUACGAAGCAAUAUGAUAAUUUUAUAUUGUAUGGGCAAAUUAUUUAGAUGUAUUGUUAUCUUCGAAUGAAAGAUCAAUUCAUAAAGUUUACAAUGUAAUAAUGAUGCAAGCCAAGUACAAAGUGCUUUUAUAAGUUAUAUUACGGUACAUUGUAAGGUAAGGCGAGGCGCCAGAGCCCACUGGUAUUCAGGCGUGGGAGUUGCGCUACUGUUAGUAUAUUAUAUAUGUAAUAUAAUUCCGCAUAUUGUAUCAUUGUUUAAAAUCCUGACAACCACCAAAUAUUAUUUCCACUACCCACAUUAGCCUUAUAAAUGCCUAAUGAGUAACUGAAAAAAUAUUUUAUAAUAAAUAGUUUUAUUAACUUAUUACAAAAUAAAGAAUAUUACCUAUUAUACAUAGAAUGUAUAAAAUAUAAUAUUAGGUAAAUUUUAAUGUUAAAUAAUCGUGUAGGUACGAUAGUACCUAUGUAUAAAGUUGACUAAUAUUGUUUACUUGUAAGUUCUGUUAUGUAGAGAUUUUUGUUUGUAAUAUUGUUAAACUACUGCGUGGACUUCUUCCCAGGUGGUCCAAUUUUUAUAACCUAACCAAUAAAAUAUCGAUGUGGUUGUACAUUUACAUUUUGAAUAGAAUGUACUCUAUUUA